CGGACAAAACAACCGUUGGCUUCCACCGAGUAACAUUGCAAGAGAAUUUUUUCUUUAAAGUUUAAACAUAACCUAAAAGUCGAUUCAGUUAAUUUUAUACUACAAAAUGGCGCUUUCUACACUGCUUUCCCUGGUUGAUGAGCUGCAGGAGCCCCGCAGCCCCAUCUACGAGUUUGGCCUGGGCAUGCAUCCGCAUGCACGCCACCUCAUCGCGCCCCAGCGCCAUACCAUCAACGGCUGCCCCUGCGCCUCACCAAUGUGUGUGUCCUCACCGGCGGGCCAAGUGUUGGCUACGCGCCGCCAGAUGGCCAAGAACAACGACAUCCACUGGCCAGUGACUCAUGUGGGCAAGGAGGGAUUCCAGGUGUGCAUGGACGUGGCCCAUUUCAAGCCGAGUGAGCUCAGCGUGAAGGUUGUGGACAAGUCCAUCAUGGUCGAGGGCAAGCAUGAGGAGCGGCAGGAUGAUCACGGCCACAUCAUGCGUCACUUUGUGCGCCGUUACCAGGUGCCACAGGGCUACGAGCCGGAGAAGGUCGUUUCCCAGCUGUCCUCCGACGGCGUGCUCACUGUGAGCAUUCCCAAGCCGAUACCCAUCGCAGACAAGUCCAAGGAGCGACUCAUCCAGAUCCAGCAGGUGGGACCAGCCCAUCUGAAUGUCAAGCAGAAUGCCGUCGACGAUAAGGGCAAGGAGAACGGCUCUGCCAACGGCAAUUCCAAGUAGAAAAUGGCAUCCAUGCUAUGAAGUUCCAGCAUUCGUCAAUCCACCUAUCAUUCCCCCGCAUAUCUGUAACUUAUUUAUUCAAAAUGCA